AUGUUCCAGUCUACUUACGAAAAUGGUAAAUUAUUAUUUAAUGAAUUUAGAGAGCACAAAAUAGGUGGAAUGUCACGAUUUAAAAUCAUUAUUAACAGAAAUCGUUUAAUUGAACAAGGUAUAUUAAAACCAGAAGAUCAAUUUUUACACUUAAGAAUUAAAAAUGAAGAGAGCCCAUUGCUACGUGGUGUUUGGAUUACUGGGCCUUAUUCGUACUAUGUUGAUAUGAGACCAAUCAAUUAUGAUGAAAAUAUUCGAUAUGAAGGCAAAGAACCCAUUGAAUUUAUGGAAAAUUUGAAACCUGAUCAAGCAUUUAAAGCAACAUUAAGAUUUAAUAAAGGAAGUCAAGUUGAGGGAACUGAUGGAACAUAUUGUUGGAUUGUAGAUAUCUUAUCUCAAUUAGCAUUGGUAUCAUUUGUAGCUAUAAAAUUUUCAAUUAGAAUAGGAACGUCAAGACGUGUUACAAAAAGCAAAAAAUCUAGACAAGUUAAGACAACGAUUUUAGAUAAGGAGACUUUCAAUAUAGAAGAAUGGGAUGAAAACACAUUAUGGAACUUACCUCCUAAGUAUGGACAUAACAAGUCUGUCCAUUUAGUAAUAAUUACACAUGGUAUCUUUUCUAAUAUUGGAUGUGAUAUGUUAUAUAUGAAAGAUAAGAUUGAACAAGUGUCCAAUUCUGUAGAUGACUCCAUAAACUCAAAUGUGAUCGUUCGUGGAUAUAUGGGGAAUAUGGGUAAGUCUGAAAGGGGUAUUCAUUAUCUAGGAAAACGAGUUGGAGAUUAUAUCUUAAAAUUAGUUGACCAACUACAAGGAGAAGAAAAAUAUUGCAUAGAUAAAAUCUCUUUUAUAGGUCACUCAUUAGGUGGGCCUACACAAUCAAUGGCAAUUCAUUACAUCCAAGUCAAAAGACCCGAUUUUUUUGAAAGGAUUCAACCAAUAAAUUUUAUUACCCUAGCAUCACCAUACCUUGGUGUUAUUGGAGAUUUCCCUUUCUAUUUAUCAGUUCCUUUAGAUAUGGGAUUUUUAGGGUUAACAGGUAGAGAUUUGAAUUUAAAAUAUACACCAUUUCAAUCUAAAGACGGUUUAUAUAUAGAGGAAGGCAAUGAAGCGUUUCCUAGGCUAAUAUUAGAGAUUAUUCCACAUGAGCCGAUACGAUCUAUAUUUGAAAAAUUUACUAAUAGGACCUUAUAUGCCAAUGUAGUAAAUGAUGGGAUAGUUCCAUUACGUACGGCUGCAUUGAUGUACCUUGAUUGGAAGGGAUUAGCUAAUGUUGAUAAAGUAAAGCAUAAUGAGAAACCUGAAAGUAAUUCACAGAUGGAAUUGAGAGAGGGGUCGCAUAUAUCAGAGAUUCCAAAAGAAGAAGACAUGGAUAUUAAAACAUCAGAGAGGUUGCAUUUUCCGAAUCUAAUAAAGGAAGUUCGAAGAAAAAACAAGAAAUUUGGGCGUGCACAAACUAUUGAUGUUAUAAAUAGUAAUAUAGAAUCCAACAAUAAAGAUGUAUUUAAAUAUGCACCAGAUGAAGCGUCAGCAGUGAAGUCCGCAUUAUCCACUUUAACAGCACCAAUCCCUUCACAGGAAUACAUUAAAAAUCCAGAAGCCAGAACAGAUAGUAUAAUACAUGAUAGAAUAUAUAGACCGGACCAACUACCACCAAGACAUUAUUUGGGUAGACCAAUAUAUAAGAAAAUUGUGUACCCGAACGAAAAUGUUAACAGAAUACAAGAGAGAAUAGCGCGUGAAUGGCAAGAAACAAUGGAAUGGAGAAAAGUAUUAGUUAAAAUUCAGCCUGACUCACAUAACAAUAUUGUGGUAAGAAGAAGGUUUACUAAUUUAUAUGGUAAUGUUGCUGUGACACAUAUGGCCAAUGAACAUUUUGGUGUAAAGGCAUGUGAAAAAUAUUCGAAGACUUUAAUAAGAUAA